GUUGAAACUGUUUUAGGGUGGGGACACUGCAAUAGACUGGAAGAUCCAGUUCCUUCUUGAGUGAGGAUUGAAAAUGGCAGCUCUGCAUUGUGGCCUAGUGUGGCUCCUGCUUGCUUUUCUGAGUGUUGGAACAUGGAUUCAGGGAGCAGUGGAGGUUGAGGAAGAGAGCCAGGAUGAACCAGAGGAGCUGGAGAAAUUGAACAUGGAAAAAAGUAGUGAAGAAGGCGGAGAAGCCACUGAUGAGGGAGCACAGGAUCUAGAACAAGACAGCGAUGAAGAUGAUGAUGGCGAAAUGGAGGAAGAUGAUGAUUAUGAGGGAGAAGACAUAGCAGAAGAGGAUCAGACAACAGAGGAAGAAUCUGAAGAUGAUGUUGAGGAAGAAGACACCACAGAGAAGAGUGAAGCUGAUGGGGAGGAUGAUGUAGAGGAGGAAGAAGCCACUUCGGAAGAUGAGGAUGAAGGAGAAAAAGAUGCAGAGAAGGAGGAGGAGGAAGAAGAAACAGAAGAAGAGGACAGACAGGGGGAAGUUACUAUGUCUGAUGACAAGGAUGAUGGUGAGGAGGAUGAAGCAGAGGAACAGGAUAUUAAAGUACAUUCUGCGAUGGAAAAGGAUGAUGACGACCAAGCCAAAGGUGAUGAAGAUGAGCGUGGACUAAAAGAUGCAGAUGAUCAAGCUGAGGAAAAAGCUGAAGAACACACCAGUGGUGAUGAAAAAGCAAAAGCAGCAGAGGCAGAGACCACAACUACAUUACAGUAUCAGAGUGGAUCUCUGUGUAGCCUGUGCUCCGUCUGUGAGCACUGCAAUAGUUGUGAUGAAUGCUCGUGUGAGGCAGGAGACUCCUCAGUGCAUUGCCAACACUGUGAUCAAUGCUCCUACUGCUACAUAUGUCCUGUGGUCUGUGAGACGAUCUGCAAACCAGGUGACACUGAGACAGCCUAUCAGUAAUCACUAGGGUCACGUCCCUAGACUGGAUAAAAUCAAGAUCAAUGAUUUCUCUGCAGCAUUAUUUAACAUGAUCAGUUGAUGACAGAAUGGAAGGAGGUGGUUCUUCUGGAGAAUGCAUGCAUCCAUGGCUAUAGCUAGAACCCAUGUUUCAGUUUUCUGAAAGAAUUAAAGAUCUGUUUCAUUUUAAAUGUUUGCCUAAAAUGAACCACAUCACAGCCUACAAAGACUUGACGUCUGACCUGCGGAAGCAUAUUGAGGGAUGUAAACUUUUUUAUUCCAAGAGAAAGCUUGCAAUGAAGUUGUCUGUGCCUUUAGAGCUAGCAAUAAUGUUGCAAUAGCUAUGCAGUCUGGUUAAUCACAUGACUUUCUAUGGAUUUGUCCGCCAAAUUACCAUCGCCUUGUCCAUGGCUAACGUUAACACAUCGCUAGUUAACUUGGGCACUAUUAGUUAGCAUGUAAAAACGGAGUUACACUAACAUGAAUAACGUUAACUUAUCUGAAGUCCUUUCAGAAAUAUGUUUUAGCAUAAUCUUGCCAAAUAAACAGAAUGUAGAUAUUUUUCUUUUCUAGUAGCGUUAGCUACCCAAUAUGAUUUCGAGUUUGAAAAGCAUUUGCUAGCAUGUCAGGUGGCGCUUCACUGACUAGCUAGCUGAACGUUAAACCACCAUGACGGCACAGCAUGCGUUCAUUUUGUGAAUCCGAUCGGUUGCUUCAGAGGCAUUAGGUUUGUAAG